GCAAAAAGUCCAGCCCAGCCAACUGUCUCAACUGCUUUGUGGCCUUCUGCAGAGUAUUCAUAGAGUCUCAAACGCCAGGAUUCUUAACAAGCCGUGCUCAAGUUCCGGCUUCUACAGGCGCGAAGUAUUGCGCCUUAUCUUUCGAGUCUGCAAUCUUGAGAUUAUUCCCACCAGGCUGCGCUGAAGCUCCCCAAAUAGCCACGAAAUCGCAAUGGAUGCGCCGGAACCCAGCGACACGCCUUUCGCAGUUGUUCAAGCACAUACAUCGAAGUAUGCAAAGAUAUAUCAGUCAUACCUAGACCAGUCAACGCCGUACGUCCAGUACAGAUGGAUUGGCACUGGCGUGCUCUUCUUCUUCUUCAGCCUUAGGAUAUUAGUCGCGCAAGGAUGGUAUAUCGUGGCGUACUCUCUUGGCAUCUAUCUUCUCAACCUGUUUCUCGCCUUCAUAUCACCAAAGUUCGACCCGUCGCUGGAACAGGAUGAAGGUAUGGAAGAUGGCACAUCGAGCCUUCCAUCCAGAGAAAAUGAUGAAUUCAGACCCUUUGUGAGAAGGUUGCCGGAGUUCAAGUUCUGGUAUUCGGCAACUAAGGCGAUCGCGAUUGGCUUUGUGUGCAGCUUCUUCAGCAUAUUCGAUCUGCCCGUUUUCUGGCCAGUCCUGGUUAUGUACUGGAUCAUUCUCUUUGCCUUGACAAUGAGACGUCAAAUACAGCACAUGAUCAAAUACCGAUAUGUGCCAUUCACUGUUGGUAAAGCUAGAUACGGGGGAAAAUGAGCCACACCAGUUACGAGGGUUCGUAAGAGAUGGAUUGUAAAGACUGCGCAUCCACUUGGCCGAAACAGCUACCUUGCCUUUACUGCACGGAAGUUAACAUUGAACGAUGUACAAAUACAGUUGUAGUACAUGGCGUGGCGUUCAAGAGGUGUACCAGUACGAGAUAUGUUCAAGCACUAGACCGGCAUAUGAGCAGAGUAAUUAUAAAUGAUUGAGAAUUCCA